UUGAUAAGCCUCAAAAUGGCGAGCUGUCAGUUUAUCUUUGAUGUUGUUGUACCGCAUUUCGAUGCACCCGGGAUUAAGAUUAAAGAUCCAAAAAAACUUGAAGUGGUGGUCCAGUUUAAUAAUAAACCAAUUUCCAUAACUUCAAGUCGCAUAAAUGUGAAUGAAUUCAAACCCUCCGCUGGCAUGGAACUCAAUAUUGUGCCAAAAAAGCUGCGAAGCACGCUUGAGGAAUGUGGCAUGCCCCUCACGGUCAAGAAUAAUGGUAAGGUGGAAGGUGUUGGCCAGAUAAUCUUUCCCCAAAUGGUCAUCGCUCGCAUAGAGGAAGGCAUGACGGACAUAAUGCAUGUGGAUUCCUGCACUUUUGAGAAGGAUGGCGAAGUCGUGGGUAAACUUGAGAUUCUCUGCCGUCUGGUCAUUAAAUGUCAAGAGCAGCCAAAAGAGGAGAGCAUAUGUAAGCGGAAUAUGGAUAAAAGCAUUGCCCAACAGGACAUCAUGUUUGUCGUCUCCGAGUCCCAGCGAUGUCCCAGUCCUUGUGAUCCUUGCUUAGACGCUCUGGCACCGGAGGAGGGUGAUGAACGCCUCAAGCUGGACAUGCAGCGAUAUCGUAGCUUCACGGAUGCACUCAAAUCCGACAAAGUUUUCACACACAAUCCAGCGGGAAAUGCCGCCUGUUGCGAAAUAAAAAAAAUGGCACAGGAGUGCGGGGAUAUUGUUGACUCCAUUACCAAGGCAGCUGGUCAUCCGAAACCUCUGAAGUCGCCUUGUCGUAAACCUGAAGAUCCGGACAGUCCUUGCCUCAUCACCGACCAAUUCCCCAUAGAGGAAAAUCCACUCACUUCGCCAAAUUUCCCUUGCUUUUCCUACCUGCCAGCUCGCAUUGACGACCCGCCUGAUUUCUGUAGUCCCAACCUGAUACCUGUGCCCAUAAGUGACUUGGAGAAGCCAAUGAUCAAACCCUCACGAUUCUGUCCCAUUUGCCUGACCAACAUGUCAUGGAUGCCUAAAUUUGCCACUUGUCCCACGUGCGGAAUUAAACCCAUGCCAGUUGUUGAGGAGCGUCACAAGCUGAAGAAACUGACGGCAGAUCAAAUACUGACUGAGUAUCUCGGUAAGCCCAAGGGUGCAGAUGAGAAUUACUGUGUGGAUCCCUGUAACAUGCAGCCCGAUGAUAAGGAUGCGGAGGAGGAAACCGCUUGUCGUUGCACCUGCAAAUUUGGAAAAGUCUGUGCUCAUUGUCGCAUUCGAAAGCUGGUCGCGGAUAUUUUCCAGGCCAGUAAAAACGACCCCAUUUGUCCCAAGGCGAAACCGAAUUCGUCCGAGGACUUUUGUGUGCUGGAAAACGACACGGUCGAGUGUAGACCUUAUUUGGCACGCGUCUUCUCCGAGCUACGGGAUUUGUAUAACCUCAAGGACACCGUGCAAAAGGAAGACAAUGAGAAGCCGGUCAGUCGCCUACCGCCUUCUACAGAGAAGGAAGCUGCUCAAUCAAGCCACGCUGAGAAAACAAAGGCAGUGCCUGGGCAGGAGCAGAAGAGAAUAAUACCCAGAACUCACAAGCCCGUUGAGCGCAUACGAAAGAAGUUCGAGAUUGGACACAAGUUCUGUGUGAAUCAUCGGGGACCCGUCGCCCAUUAUCAGGGCUGGGCGUGGCAUCUGAGAGAAGAGGCACACAAGCUCGGCUGGCGACCGGGCUCGGUUCGGAAAUCCGUCAAGAAACUAAUGAAGCACUUUCUGCACUAUACGCCCGAGAACAGUCCAUUAAAUGUGUGCCGGAAAGAGAGAGAAGCUGAGCUGGAAAGAGAAAGACAGUUGCCCACACUGAAUAUGUGCAAGAAGAAUGGCGAAAUCUUUGUAACUCUCCGUGCUCUCAACGAUCCCAAUGUCCAAAUGAAACCAAUUGUCUUUAAAAUUGUGAAGAGUGAUCUCGCUGUGAUCGUGAGCAACAUUAAGAGAAAGCUGAAGGAGAAGGGCUUUCGGAAGUGUACCUGUCAUCAGACCCUCAUGAUGUGCGUAUGUCGCGACAACGAGGAGAAGAAACAACUCGAGAAUGCUGUGGCAAAGGAAUCUCGGCGUCAUGGCAUUGAAAAUUGUGUGGAGCACUUGGUGCUCACCGAUACGAGUGACAGCGAGAUGGAGUUUGAUUUUGAUGUGACGCCUCCAGCGGGCACAGCGGUACCUUCUUCACUGUCGCAUCGUAAGGGCCUCGUUAGGAGCCACAGCACACAGACACUGGGAAAGAAGGAUCUGAAGGUAACGCCCCGAUUUCCCAUUCCCCAUUAUCCCUAUUCACGCACCUAUGACUGUGCGGCGGGUGAUCGCUAUACGGGUACUGCCCUGGGCGCACCCGGUGAGACGGUCUUUGAAGACGGCGUCUUCGGAUUUAGAGGUGGCGGCCCACAUGGUGCAUCAGCUGCUCCUGGCGGCAGAUCCAAAACCCCGGGCAUAUGGGGUUCGAGUCCUGGUGGACCAAUGCGUGGAGUUGGACGUGUUGGCAACGGAGGCGGAGGCGGAGGUGGAGGAGGUGGUCGAGGCGGUGCCGGUGGCGGUGGCGGAAGAGGAGGAGCUGCAGGUGGAGGAAGUUUCGGAGGUGGCGGAGGUGGACCAGGUGGUGGCUUUGCCGGCUUUGGUGGCAAGUCAUUCCCUGGCGCCAAAAGGGAACCCGGCAGCAAAGUCAAGAGUCCUCCGAUUCCAGUGCGAAUGCCAAAGCGUCAUUACAAGGCCGUUGCAGCUGCUGAGAAAGCCAAAAAAGAUGCCAUUAAGCAUGAGCUUGAGAAGAAGAAGAAGGGCACCCACCUUAUCAAGUAUUUGGAGGAAAAAGGGGCCGUACCCUCACCCUGGGAUCCCAAUGACCCCAAUCCAGCGCCAAAGAAAGAACAGAUCAAGCCGCCUGUCGGUCCCGACGGUCUGACCGAUGUCCAGCGUAGACGCCGCAAUCUGCAGUCGGGGCCAAUACCACCACUGGACACCAUGCCUCGACUCGGCAGAUCUGAUGGCGGAUGCUACAGUCCGUGUGCAGAACAAUGCUGCUAUCCGUGUAGCUACUACUGUUGAAUUUCUGGCAAAAGUUAAACCCAGGGAUCUAAUCAGGAAUAGCCUUUUAAUAAUAUUUACCCACCAUGUAUUUAUUAUCACUUUAAUAAAUUUAAUACACUAUUA